AUGAAUAAUAGUGAAAGAGUUCAGUUACUAUUGAUCUAUGGAAAAUGUAACAGAAACGCACGAGAAGCAACAAGAAUGUACGCUCAGCAAUAUCCAGAUCGAUAUCACCCCAAUCGUACUUAUGUUCAAAAACUUGAAAAGUCAUUGAUUGAAACUGGUUCAUUUAAUAGAACAAAUACUGUUCAACAACAACCACGGGUAAAUCAACAUUUUAAUGAAGUUAUUGAAAAUCAAGUUUUAGCUUAUGUACAUCUUAACCCACGUUCGUCUGUUAGACGCCUGUCGGACAUGAAGUUGGCAUACCUAAAACUUUAG